UCAAAUUAGAACCUCUAAAAAUUUGACAAAAACAAACCUUAAAUUUAAAAAACAAAUAAUAACAAGAGUUCUUAUGUGUACGGCAAUGACUAAUAAAAAAAAGAACGGAAGUUCUACUGAAUCAAGUUCUGGUUCAACUUCUGACUCUUCCAGCUCUAGUUCCUCAUCUAGUGGUUCAGACUCCUCUUCAUCUAGUGAUAGCGAAUCUACAAGUUCACAAGGUUCUACAAAAAAUCAGUCUGAUACGGAAUCGCCGAAAAAAUUAGCUCCAAUUCAAAAGCGAAAAAGCACUGACAUUUCUAAGAGUGCAAACAAUAAGGCUGCUGAAAUAAAGCCUGGUGUUAAAGCAAAAGUACAGCAUGUAAAAACUAAUAAACCUCCUGUGAAGGCUACCAUUUAUUCUUCAGACGAAGACGAUAAGAAAACGGUUAAAAGAAAAAGCAAUGUUAAACCGAAAAGUAGUGCCACCAUUACUCCAAAAACCAGUUCGACUGCUUCUACUAAAAUAAAUUCAAAUUCCAAACAGCCUAAGAUUAAUAAUUCUAAGGCAACAAUAAAGGUUAACAACAAACAGGAACCUCAGAAACCUAAGCAAAAAUCUGGGGCAAAAAAUAAUGAUCCAAGUAAGAAAAAGAGUAUAUUUUCUCCAGAAAACAGCUCUGAGUCAGAUUCUCCUAAGAAUACAUCAAAAACCGUUAUUAAAACAGUAACUCAACCAAAAUCUAAACCGGAACCAAGACCAAAAGCUGCUGCAAGAACUGUAGAGAAACCAAAACCAGAGAAGAAACCUGAGAAGGCUCAGCCAAAGUCAAAAGCUAUUAUUGAAACAUCAGCAAGUUCUGCCUCAUCCACAAGUGGCUCCAGCAGUAGUUCGGAGAGUGAAAGCAGUGGAGAAUCAUCUGGAAAUAAUAGAAAGGUAAUUAAAAAACCAGUGAAGAAGCCGACAGUUGUUCAGAAGGAAGCAGGUGCAAAUUCUGAUUCUGAAAAUGAAUCCCAAGAUAAAUCAAAGCAAGUUACGAGAAAGUUAACAAGAUCGGCCAGUACGCGAAAAUCAAAACAUGUUUUAGGAAAAAAUGUCUAUUCGGAUACUGAUUCCGAUACCGAAAGCACUAAAAGGUCUUUGUCGAGGUCUCCUGUGAAAAAGGCUCCGAUUGUAACGAAAGGUAAAACUAAAAACAAUAAACGAGUUGAUAAUAAAGCCAAGGGGAACGAUAUAAUAAUAAUGGAGGAAAGGAAAUGUCCUUUAGAAGGUUGUGACAGUAAUGGACAUCUCUCAGGUAAAUUCGACAAACAUUUUACAUUAGAAGCAUGUCCGGCAUACCACAACACAAUAAUAGAAAAAUGUAAAGAUGAGGUAGAGGAGCGCAGGAAACGAGAAGAAAUAAGAAAAAAGGCCUUAGAAUAUCAUAAGAAAUCACCGCGAUCUCCUGCAACGUCAGAACAAAAACAGUACCUACAAAAAAUUAGAGACAUACGUAGUAAAUUCAAAACUGAACCUAUUGAAGAUAUUAAACCUUGUGUAGAUAAAACCCGGCAACCCGUGCUAACUAAUUUUGUACCUGAAUAUGAUUUGAAACUGUUUCAAGAUGCUCAAGCUUUAGCCAGCGAAAAAAUCGAGGAAGACCUUAAAACUUUACCCAGUACAAAAGGAACCAAGUAUAUCGAAAUGGGUAAAUUUGAAAUGGAGGUCUGGUAUCAGAGCCCUUACCCCGAAGACUACGCGCGGCUGCCUAAACUCUAUAUUUGUGAAUAUUGCUUAAGGUACAUGAAGUCGAGGACGAUAUUAGAACGUCACGUUUUUAAAUGUGUGUGGAGGCACCCUCCCGGCGAGGAAGUAUAUCGGAAAGACAAAAUUAGUGUGUGGGAAGUCGACGGGAAGAGGUAUAAACAAUAUUGUCAGAAUUUGUGUUUGCUUGCCAAAUUUUUUUUGGACCAUAAGACUUUGUAUUAUGACGUGGAGCCGUUUUUGUUUUAUGUGAUGACUAUGGUUGAUAACGAGGGAUGCCAUACAGUUGGUUACUUCAGCAAGGAAAAGAAUUCCUUUCUCAACUACAAUGUGUCUUGCAUCCUCACGUUACCUCCUUAUCAACGGCAGGGCUAUGGAAGGUUACUCAUCGAUUUUAGUUACCUCCUAACUCGAGUCGAAGGCAAAAUCGGCUCUCCAGAGAAGCCCCUCAGCGACCUUGGCCUUAUUUCCUACAGAUCGUACUGGAAAGACGUUCUGUUAGGCUAUCUGUGCUCCAGGGCGGGUACCCAACUCUCCGUGAAGGACAUCAGCCAGGAGAUGGCCAUCCACUCUUACGACAUCGUAUCCACGCUGCAGGCGUUGGGAAUGAUGAAGUACUGGAAAGGUAAACACAUCAUUUUAAAGAAGCAAGACGUCCUGGACGAGUAUGUGGAGAGGGUUAAGAGAAGGGGGUCGCUCCUGAAGGAGGUCGACCCUAGUUGCCUUAGGUGGACACCUCCUCAGCCGGCUUCCGUUUGAAAAAUAGUGUACAUUAAUUAGUUUAUUUAUUAAAAACUGAUUUAUAAAUAAUUUAGAAAAUUUUUUAAGCCGUUAUUUAUUAUGUUGGCUGAGAAUUAAGUGUUAAGUUAUUCCCUCGCAACAGUUUUUAUGGGUAUAGAAAAGAAAAACGAAUAGACCUGAUUUUUAUUUGGUCAAAGCAAACUUUAACAUAAAACUUUUAUUCAUCUUUUUUUUUAAUAGCAAGGGGUAUCGAAAAUCAUCACAUGUAAAAAAUGCAGAUCUGUAGUUAAGGGUCUAUACCAAUGUGGAAAACCUAGAAUUGUCAGAGAAUGUAAUAGAUCCAGAAAUAUCAAGGAAAUAUCAAUGAACUUCUCUAAAUUUCAUAGAAUAUAUAAAGUUCCAUUUGUAAAUGGUUUUUAUUUACGAGGUACUGCCAUUAGAUGUCAAGAAUUUUUGUAUUAUAAUUCAACAAAAAAUUGUCAAAAAAUAUUUUUUCUGUCUGAAUAUCAAAUAAGCGUAGCCUAGACUUACUGGUUGAUUUUUAAUUUUGGAAAAAAUGGAGUUAUUUUAAUAACCAAACCAAAAUUAAAAAUUAUUUUUAAAUUUUUCAAAAAAAAAAACGAAAGAAAAUCGGUAAUAUAUCAGUUUUUAAUUCUUUUCAAUUGCUUUAAAUUGUGGUGCAUUUAUUUUUAACUUAACCUACUUAUAUAUUAUAUAAGAAUACUUAUCAGUAUUAUAAGUCGAGUUAGUUUUUUCAGCCAGAAAUUUUAAAUAUUUUUCGAAAAAUAAUAUUUUAAAUUUUGUUAAAGUAUAAGAGACAAUUCUUUUUUAACCAAAAAUCUCCCAGUAUGUUUAUGUUGCCCUUUGAAUUUAGACAAACAAAAGUUAUCAUAAGUUUUUUUCUAAAAUCAUAGACAAAAUAUCUUCCUGUUUGGUACAAACUUUAUGGCGGCCAGUAUAUAAUUUUGAAAAUAAUAAUCUA